GGAAGCAGCCAUUUCAGGGUAUGAAAUGUGUGGAUGGCAACAACAGCAUGCAAACCAAGGCUUUAGCAGUCAGCGAGCUCAUUAGGGGGUGGAGUACAAGGAAAAGAGAGCUUGUAGUGGCUCCAGAGCCCAGGAUCAAAAAAGCAGGGCUGGGAGAACAGCUGAUAAAGCUUUGUGGUGACAACAGAGAACUGAGAGACAGGAGACUCCUUAUAUUGAACCAAAAAAGAACCAAGUACUUGUGAGUGACUUCUGCACGCCUGUAACUGCUCUAGGCCCUGAGGUGCUCCAAAGAAGAGCCAAGUUAGAAUUCACCAUCUAAUGAAGAGAUAGCAAAUCCAUAGACUGAAAUUAAUGCUGGGUGAGAAAAUCCUGCAUGUGUAACGGACUACUGGCACUUGUGCAAGCUCUUUCCUUGCAUGAUCUCAUUUAAUCCACUCACCAAUCCUGCAAGGUGAGUACUACUAUCCCUGUUUUACAAAUGAAGGUGCUGUGCUGAGGCUCUGAGAGGCUGCGUACCUUAUCUAAGUAUGUCUAGCUAGUAAGUGGAAGAGCUAGGAUUCAAAUCCAGGUCUGUGUGAGCUUUCUAUAACAACCUGCAGCUCCCUUUGAUGGGGAUAGCACAGUCCUGCAUUGAGCAGCGAGUUCCUAGGUGAUGCAAACAGUUAAUGUGCUUGGCCGAUAACUGAAAGGUUGGAAGUUCGAGGAGAUCUAUUUCCAAAAAGUCAGCCAUUGAAAGCCCUGUGGAGCACAGUUCUACUCUGACACACAUGGGGUCGCCCUGAGUCAGGGUCAACUCAACAGCAACUGUUUGUUCUGUCGUUGCACUGGGCAAGAGGGAAAGUAAAUACUGGUUAACAGUGCAGGGGAGAAGUUCAAAAGGAGGAUCCAUAGGAAGAAGAGGGAGCUCCGUGUGAACAUGGUCGAAGGUAGCUUCUUGGAAUAGGAGAGUCUGUUGGAAGUGGUUCAAAGCUGCAGAUUGCAAGCCUUCUCCAAGUUCCGAGCCAGAGGAUGAGGGUCUGAGUUAGGAUCUGAGCCACGCAGCUCUAGCUAUAUUGCACAGAAGACCUCCCCUGAAGGCCUCGGGUUCCACACAGAGCACAUCUGGCUUGAGAGAGCUCACUGUGAGGACGAAGGCUCCACCCUAUCAGAUAGACAGCCAGAGUUGAAGGCCCAGCCCCCCGAAUCCUGCACACACUCGGAGGACAGCAACUGGCCAUGAGCAGAUGUGAGAAGGAAACACCCCCUCAGCCUUGGAGCCGGCUUUGCUGUCCACAAGGGCUUGUGGGUGUCUUGCCAGGGAGAGGAGGCAGCACAGACACUUGGCGCUAGGGUGCUAGGGCCUCCCGAGAAGGAACAGGUGCAAAACAGGGCAAUUAGCAGAGAAGGCAUCAGCGGGGCUGCAGCCUAGAUCUGAUUGAAGAAGCCACCGGGAUUACAUCAUCUGCUGCUACCUAAACAGAAGGGUUCCCUGUCAUUUUCUUUCAGGAACCACGGUUCUGAAAAGAAGAUAUAUUUCAACCUGGACUUGAAGAGAAGCAAGUAAGGGAGCGCGGUGACUGUCCUUGAGCGCGGAGGGGCAAGCUCGCCUUCGGAGCGCCGGAGCAAGAGGAGGCGCAGGAGCGGCGGCGGCGGCGGCAGCGGCGGCGUCCGAGCACCCGAGGGGGUCCGAGCCCCGGCAGCCGGCCAGCCCCGCGCCACAAAGGGAGCGCCCCCGCCACCCGGCACGCCGCCUCCCUCCCCAAUGUCCUCGGCCAUCGAGAGGAAGAGCCUGGACCCGUCUGAGGAGCCAGUGGACGAGGUGCUGCAGAUCCCCCCGUCCCUGCUGACAUGCGGCGGCUGCCAGCAGAACAUUGGGGACCGCUACUUCCUGAAGGCCAUCGACCAGUACUGGCACGAGGACUGCCUCAGCUGUGACCUCUGUGGGUGCCGGCUGGGCGAGGUAGGGCGGCGCCUCUACUACAAGCUGGGCCGGAAGCUCUGCCGCAGAGACUAUCUCAGACUUUUUGGUCAAGAUGGUCUCUGUGCAUCCUGUGACAAGCGGAUCCGUGCCUAUGAAAUGACGAUGCGAGUGAGAGACAAAGUGUACCACCUGGAAUGUUUCAAAUGUGCUGCCUGUCAGAAGCAUUUCUGUGUAGGCGACAGAUACCUCCUCAUCAACUCCGACAUAGUGUGUGAACAGGACAUCUAUGAGUGGACUAAGAUCAACGGGAUGAUAUAGGCCACAGUCCCCCAGCGUCUUUGGGGAGGUGUUUUACCGAAGACACUGUCUCCAUGGGGUCUUCACUUUUAGGCACUUUGGGGAUUUGCGGGCAGGGUGAGGCGUUUCUUAGGGGAUGGUAGACCCUUAUUGGGCACGAAGGUAUAGCAACAAAGUGACAUACUGCAGGGGAAGAGAGAUAAAUGUGACAAAAGGACCAGCCAUUAGGGAGAAUUUAUGACCACAGCCUAUUUGAAAUAACUGACAUAAUUAGCGAGGAAAGGAGCAUUUGGGGGACAAACGGGAGCUGUGCCAUCAUGAUGGCAUUUCACAUCUACAGAUACAGAGUUGUUGUAUAAAGAGUGGUAAUGACUAUGACCCCUGCAAACUGGAGUUGUGCAAUUGAUUUCUUUUCUCCCUGGUUCUUAAAAUGAUCCUGUUCCAGUCACUGUCCUCCAUACAGGAAAGGACAGAGGGGAGAAUGGCCAUCCUUUUUUCCUUGGACAUCUUCCCAAAGCCUCAAGCUUUGGACCAAGGGAAACUGCAUGGAGACAUAUUUCAGUUGAGAAUGGAAACUGCAACUUUUCACCAAACAAUUAUUUAAAGCAAUGUUGAUGAAUCACUGUUUUUAGACACCUUUGUUUUGAGGAAUUCCACAGGCUGUUUCUAUACAAAUGUAAAGCUAAAAAAAAAAAAAAAAAAAAAAAAA